CAACUGUUCAUUCAACCACCGACCUUGAACUCCAACACACUCUGACCAGAACAUAUAUCGAGAACACUGGAAGGCUGGAAACUUCCCAUAACGCUCCACCUCAAUCAAUCACCAUGACGCCCGCAAAUACUCGCAAAAGAAAGUCGGACGAAAUGGAAGAGCCUGCCCGCGCCGUCACGCCCACCGGCAGCCCUGCGCGUAAGAAGAUGAGGAUCACACAGUCGCAGAAGCAAGCUUUGAUGGAUAAUUUGCAGCUAGAGGUCACCGAACGAGCACGCCAACUACGAGCCGGCUACGCUCUCCAAUGCGCCGACCUUCGAGCCAGAAUCGAGCGACGCGUCAAUCGAAUCCCGCUCGCUCUUCGCAAAAUGAGCAUGGGAGAACUCAUGGCCCAACACGAAGCUGCCCAAAAACCGCAAUCAACAACACGCGCGUCGCCUGCCAAAGGACAGUCUCAAACCACCCUAUCCAAAGACCGCCCACUGCCACCUCUUCCAUCUCAGCAACAUAGACCAACCUCCCCCGUCCGAGCACAACCAGCGGCGGCGGCCACACGCGGCAAAAAGCGCAAGAGCCCCUCCAUCCAAAUAGCCUCAGACAAGGAAAAUGAAACCACCUUCGCUCCCGGCACCCUGCCUGUGCAGAAAAACACCAACCGCGCCAAAACAACCACUACAACUGCCACCUCAAAGACCACAAAACCGACCUCCGUCCUGUCCCCUCGCUCGCACAACUCUCGCACACUCCCCCGCUCCCCGACCAAAGACUACCCUAUCGCACCCACCUCUCCAGCGAAGAGCAUGAUCGCCCGGCCAACCUCCCCCCUCAAGCCUGCCUCACCACUCAAAACCGCCGCUACAGCUGCGACAUCCGCCAUCUCCGCAUCGAUGCACGGCAUGCUCGAGCAUGCGAAGCGCGGCGCCGCAUCGAGACUUAAUCGCACAGCCUCGAAAGAAAAGACCACAACGACAUUGACGCGUGGCCAAAUGCUCCCACCGCCUCGCCCUGCCCCAAGCGCGCCCUCAAGCCCGCAGCGUGCCUUCAGCCAAACGAGCACGCACAGCGCGAGUACAGAUGUUUCGACAGCGUCGAGUGGGACGACAGUCGUGAAGCCCAAGCGAGGAAGGGCCGCGGCUGCAAAGACAACGGCGAAGACUACCGCGGCAGAACCCAAAAGCCCCGGUGCAAAUACAAAGAGAGGCGUGGCCAAAGCCGCAAGCGCAGCUAAGACGGCGCUCAAGCGGAGUGCGACCACUACGAACAAGAAGGUCGUUGUUGCCGAGCCGGCCGCGGGCCGGAGAGUGCUGAGGAAAAGGACCUGAACGAGCCAGCAGAUAUGUUUUGAAAGGAGGAAGAUAUUGAGGUAGCCUUUGUUGGGGAAACAUCAUGUGCACAGGAAGAUCAGCCUAUGCAGUCAUCCCUUUUGGGUUUUGUUUUGUCGAUUCAUGUUGGGAAGCGUUGGAUAUCAGUCAAAAUACAGCCAUGCGCACUCAUGACCCUGUUGGCCAGGUAUAAAGUCAGAGCCAGGUACGCAUGCCAUGUUUGGGUUUCAGGUGUUAUGAGGGCAAUACGACGCAUCAACCAUAUGGCUUGCGAGUGGUAAUGAAUAUGGAUAGCUUGAACAGCGCUCAAGCACGAAGACUGCACGAAACAAGAC